AUGUCUCUCAACCAGGGAACCCCUACCAGUGUGGCCUACACUUGCUCGCCUCAGCACCUGUGGGGCUACUGUGACUUCCUGAGACGCUCUGCAGAUCCUGAGUUUCUGCAUGCCCCUGGAACUAGCACAAAGAGAGUGACACCAGCCAGCAUCUCACUGAGGGGCCUGGAUGCCAGACCUACAGACUUGACUGCUUGCUCACACGGUCCUUCCAGAGUGGCUGCAUCAAAGGCAUUUCAGUCUUCUGUCACUCCACAGGCACCUGCUGUGCACAUAGGCCUGGACCCUGGAUCUGAGCAGCAGAUAAAGGUGAUGUCAUCAGCUUCAGAGAAGCUGAUGGUGACCAUGCCCGCGCAACAUGUGGUGGCAAUAGCAGGAGGACAGGCUGAACUCACCUGUCAGCUGUCCCCACCACGCAGUGCAGAGCUCAUGGAGAUACACUGGUUCAGGGGUGAUCAUUCCAAUCCUGUGUACCUCUACAGAGGUGGCCGAGAAGAAAACGGAGAAGCUGACCCAGAAUAUGUGGGCCGUGUAGAGUUUGUGAAAGAGACCAUUGGAGAGGGCCAGGUGACCCUCAGAAUUAAUAAUAUCAGCAUCUCUGAUGAGGGAUCAUAUCAAUGUUCAUUUGAAGAUAAUGGCUUCAGUGACAUGGCCAGCCUGAACCUUAGUGUAGCAGCAAUUGGCUUGGACACACAGAUCCAUGUUCAGGCUCCUGACAAUAAAGGACUGUUGCUUGAGUGUAAGUCCGAGGGGUGGUACCCACAGCCCAAAAUGGAGUGGAGAGACAGCAGGGGAGAGGAAGUUCCACAUUCUUCAAUAUCAUACUCACAGGAUGGAGCCAAACUAUUUCACAUGAAGAUGACUCUUCUUCUCCAGAACAAAUCACAGAACAGUAUAACCUGCUGUAUUUACAACUCAUUAACGGCACAUGAGAAAAAAAUUAACAUCAUCCUAGCAAAUAUCUGUGUAUAA